AUGCUAGGACUGGCAAAGAGAGUGGGUGCGCGGUUUUUGCUAACGAGCACCAGUGAAGUGUACGGUGAUCCACUGCAACACCCGCAAGUCGAAACUUACUGGGGCAACGUUAAUCCCAUCGGUGUCCGAAGCUGCUACGAUGAGGGGAAACGUACUGCUGAAACGUUGACCAUGGACUAUCACAGAGGUGCUGGCGUUGAGGUGAGGAUUGCUAGGAUCUUUAACACCUAUGGACCUCGUAUGUGCAUUGACGAUGGUCGUGUUGUUAGUAACUUUGUUGCCCAGGCUCUGAGAAAGGAACCGCUGACGGUUUAUGGUGAUGGGAAGCAGACAAGAAGUUUUCAAUUCGUAUCUGAUUUGGUUGAGGGCCUGAUGCGGUUGAUGGAAGGAGAACAUGUAGGACCUUUCAAUCUUGGAAACCCUGGUGAAUUCACUAUGCUUGAACUUGCACAGGUAGUUCAGGAAACAAUUGAUGCAACUGCUAAGAUAGAAUUCCGGCCCAACACAGAGGAUGAUCCCCACAAGAGGAAGCCCGACAUCUCAAAGGCGAAGGAGUUUCUUGGUUGGGAACCAAAAGUACCUCUACGGAAGGGUCUUCCAAUGAUGGUCUCCGACUUUAGGCAACGAAUUUUUGGAGAUCACAAGGAAAAUGCUGGCUCGGCAUAA